GUGAAAACGGCCGUUGAGCGGGAUGAAAGGUUGUAAACAUGGCGGCGGCCUUGGAAGAGGAUGAAAUUGACAAUGAUGAUUAUUAUUCUUUAUUAAACGUCCGGAGGGAGGCCACGCAAGAGGAACUAAAGGCAUCAUAUCGGCGUCUCUGCAUGCUCUAUCACCCUGAUAAACACAGAGAUCCUGAGCUGAAAAGACAGGCAGAGCAGCUUUUUAACCUGGUACACCAAGCGUAUGAAGUUCUUAGUGAUCCACAAUCCAGAGCUAUCUAUGAUAUUUAUGGGAAGAGAGGGCUGAGUGUGGAAGGAUGGGAGGUAGUGGAGAGGAAAAGGACGCCGGCUGAGAUCCGGGAAGAGUUUGAGCGCCUCCAGAGAGAGAGGGAGGAGAGACGACUUCAACAGAGGACCAACCCUAAGGGGACAAUCAGUGUUGGUGUGGAUGCCACAGACCUUUUUGAUCGCUAUGAGGAGGAGUAUGAGGAACUCUCCGGUGGUGGUGGCAGUGGUGGUGGCUUUCCCAACAUUGAGAUUAACAAGAUGCAUAUAUCUCAGUCCAUAGAGGCUCCUCUGACAACGACGGACACCGCUAUUCUCUCCGGAUCUCUUUCCACACACAAUGGCAACGGCGGUGGAAACAUUAACCUGGCUCUUCGACGGGUGACAUCAGCAAAAGGCUGGGGAGAGGUUGAAAUAGGAGCAGGAGAUACACACGGUCCUCUCUUUGGGUUGAAGGUUUUUCGCAACCUGACACCUCGCUGCUUCAUGACCGCUCAGUGUGCAAUGCAGUUUUCGUCACGUGGUGUGCGUCCAGGCAUAAACACAGUGCUUGCGCGACACCUAGACAAGAACACAAUGGGCUACCUCCAGUGGCGCUGGGGUGCUCAGUCUUCCAUGAACACCAGCAUUGUGAGAGACACAAAGAGCAGCCACUUCACUUUUGCUGUGCAGUUGGGGAUCCCACAUACUUUUGUUAUGAUGAGCUACCAGUACAAAUUCCAAAAUGAUGACCAGACGAAGAUCAAGGGCUCUGUCAAAUCAGGCUUUUUCGGGACGGUGGUGGAGUACGGUGCUGAGACUAAGAUCAGCCGACACAGCGUUAUAGGUGCUACUGUCAGUGUUGGAGUGCCACAAGGUGUUUCCCUCAAGAUCAAGUUGAACAGAGCCAGCCAGACAUAUUUCUUUCCAAUCCACUUGACAGACCAGCUCCUUCCCAGUGCAGUGUUCUACGCCUCUGUUGGACCUCUUGUAUUUUACUUGGCCAUCCAGAGGCUUGUUAUCAAGCCUUAUAUGUCCGCUCAGAAAGAACAGGAACUGGAGAAGCAGCGGGAGAAUGCAUCGUCCGACGUUGCCAAAAAGAAGCAAGAGGCCGAGUCUGCUGUUCUGCUGAUGCAGGAAUCCGUGCGUAGGAUCAUUGAAGCUGAGGAGUCAAGAAUGGGCCUCAUCAUUCUCAAUGCCUGGUAUGGAAAGUUUGUGACAGACAACAGUAGGAAGCAUGAACGAGCAAGAGUGAUUGAUGUGACUGUACCUCUGCAGUGCCUGGUGAAAGACUCCAAACUCAUUCUCACCGAGGCCUCAAAGGCUGGCUUACCAGGCUUUUAUGACCCAUGCGUGGGUGAGGAAAAGAGCUUGAAGGUGCUGUAUCAGUUCCGAGGCGUGAUGCACCAGGUUCUGUCUGGUGACACAGAAGCACUCAGGAUACCAAAACAAUCUCACAGAAUCGAUAAUGACACUUAGGAACCAUUAUCUACAGGGCUCGAAGGGACAACUUGGACUGACAUAUAGAAGAAAUGGGUGUUAUAGUGACUUGGAUAUUCCCUGUGGCCUAAAAGCCAUUCACAUGCACUAUAGCCUUCAUUUUAUGGAGUUUUAAUCUUUGAGUGAAUGGGCAUGAUAAAUCAAGUCCAGUGAAAAAUGCAUGAAUCUGUUGAAUCCCAGUUUGGAAAACCUGUAUCUAAAGUCAGUGCAAGCAAGAAUAUGCAAAGUAUUUGUUAUGUUUCUUGUUAUUUCAGCAUUAUGUUGUUUCUUUUUUCAAGAAUUCCCCAUAUGUACUGGAACAUCUCCAGCAUCACAAUAGCGUCAUUUGUCAAUAGUCCUCAUCUGACAGCAAUUUUAGCCCUGCGAUAAAGACAUCAGUCCAUGCUGCUAUAGCAAUCCACAGAAUUCCACAAAAAAACAGGUGGAAAAGGAGUGUCAAACACAUCACUUUUGGUUACUGCCAUAAAAAAAACAUUUGAGGUGGCGUUCAAGUCAAACAAGGACUUUUGAAGAAUAACAACACAGUUCUGAGAGUAAAGUUAACUUUAUUUCUCUAUAUAAUACCCUGCUACACUGAUGCACUUAUCCCAGCGGUUAUACUACCAUCGAGGUUAAAAAAAAAUUCUCAGUGUGCCAGAAGCAUGAUCAGACUGCCUGCUUCACGUUUGAAUCACAGGCCUCCCAAGAACUCCUUUAAUGGCCCAAUCAUAUGGAAAUGGCUUGGGCUUUAUCAAGAUCAGGACUGUUUAGGGGAUCUGGCAAUAACUACUACACAAGUUCCUUUAUUGUGAAAGUCAAUGAUCGUGUGUGCAGUUCCCACAGACAGAUGCGCCUUAAGUUUCAUUCACUGAACGUUUACGGGAACAACUGCAGUGUGCUCCGAGCCACCUCAGCCAUUAUUCACAAACCUACAGCCUUCUAUCAAAUGAUUGCACCAUUUAAAUGUUUUACUAAUAAGUCUCUAAUUAACUGUUGUACUGUGCUUUAAGUUUAUUUGUUGAUCAGUUUUAUGCCUUCCUCCACAAAAAAAAUUAUCAUAAGUCCCGGUUUGACUUGAUUGAUCCUCAUAUUUAAAUAGGAAUAACUGAAGUCAUGUUCUGUUAAUAAAUGACAUCCCAGCGUCUAAUAUACUUGGCCAAUUGGAGGAAAUUUUUCACCUAUCCAUUCUGAUGUGCCUGUUACAUGGCUGUAAAGCACUGGGACAUUCUAAUCUACAUUUCCUCAGUCAUCAAACAAACUAAUAUGUGCUUGGGCUUUGACACUCUGGCUAAAGAGACUGAACUAAAAUUACACUAAAUGUGUAAUACAGGUACACAUCAAUUAUAGUUUAGAAACCACCCUAUUCUUCACUGGUAAUAUACAAGAGUGUGAAAUAUAAGUAUACAUCUUUGGUGAUUUUUAUAAUCAUUACUUUCAUUAUUUUCCCAUACCUCCUUGAAUUCUCUUCAAAAGUCAUAUUUUGUUGCUAUGUAGGGAAAAAGAAAUACCUAUUUCUCUGCUACCACAAGCCUUGGUGACCAAAGUCUGUGGUUGUUGUUGGGGGAAGUAAAGGACUGGGGUUGUUGAGCAUUUCUGUUUUUUUUUCUGAAAGUGUGUCUUCACUAUACAACUAUACAUUCUGGACUUGUGCCAUGGGGAUGGGAGAGAUUAAUUAAAAUGAAAUCAAAAUGGUUUUAAA